AUGUCUUCAAAGAAGAAAACUCCACGCACACUAGGCAAAAUUAAGGGAAAAGGAAAAAUUCUUGUGCCUAAGUGGAAACUCUUCCGUGCCAAGGAGCCAUUGCUUUCGGUGUUUAUGUGGGGAGUCAAUCAUACGAUCGGUCAGCUGGAACAUGUUCCACCUCCGGGUUUGCUCAUGCCAGACGACUUCAAGGCAUAUUCUAAAGUCAAGAUCGAUAACCACUACUUCAAUAAGGAUAUUAUGCCAAGCCAUUACAAGAAUACUUGCCCAAACGUCUUCCGCAACCUUCGUGAGCAAUUCGGUGUUGAUUCAACUGAGUAUCUCCGCUCUUUAACCACGUAUGAACCGGAGCCAGAUCAGCUAGACGGCUCGAAGACUGGUGCUCCUCCAAGACUUUUCGUAUCGUUUGAUAAGAAGUUCGUUAUAAAAUCGAUGGAUUCCGAAGCUGUUGCAGAACUGCACUCGGUUUUGCGGGAUUAUCACGAAUAUGUGGUGGAAAAGCAAGGGAAAACAUUGUUACCUCAGUAUUUAGCACUUUACAGACUCACAAUCGAAGGCACUGAGACUUACUUAAUUGUAAUGCGAAAUGUAUUUGGACGGAAGUACAACGUACAUACUAAGUUCGAUCUUAAGGGUUCCACGGUAUCGCGUGCAGCAUCGGAAAAGGAGAAGGCGAAAGAAGUCCCUACAUUGAAAGACAACGAUUUCUUGGAAAUGAAUGAAAAGCUGAGCCUUCCUGAUGAAACACGUCACCAGUUAUUGGAUAUGUUGGCUUCUGACACCACUUGGCUAUCGAAGAUGCAUCUCAUGGACUACUCCUUGCUUUUGGGCAUUCAUGACUGCGAGCGUGCGGCAGAAGAGUUAGCGAGGCGACCAAUAGAGCACGUUAGCGAAGAAUCGGGAGAUGAGUUAUGUCCGACUCCGCCAGAGUCCCCACUCCCUUCAACAGGAGCGUUCCCGCCUUUAUCUGGUGGGCCUGAUCUGGACGAUGAGUACUACGCUAUUGCUAGUCAUCCAGAUUCACCAAAGAAACUGAUCUACUUCAUUGGACUGGUGGAUAUUCUCACUUAUUAUGGUGUUAAGAAGCGUACAGCUACGGCAGCAAAAACCGGUCAACAAAUUCUUUGUGGUUCGAUCUUUUUUGGUAGCUGCAUACUUCAUAUCCUAUUGAACGUCGUUACAAUACUUGUUCUAGGCACCAUUUUCGCAUAUGGACAGACGGGAACUGGGAAAACUUUUACGAUGACUGGUGAUCUUGACAGGCCGGAGUUGCAGGGAAUAAUACCGAACUCAUUUGCGCAUAUCUUUGACCACAUCGCCAAAUGUCAACAAGAUAUCACUUUUCUCGUUCGAGUUUCUUAUCUGGAAAUAUACAACGAGGAACUUCGCGAUCUGCUCGCCAAGGAUGGCCACACAUCGAAUUUGGAGAUCAAAGAAAAAGCUGACAUUGGAGUGUAUGUGAAAAACUUGAUCUCAAUCAUUGUUGGAAGUGCUAGUCAGAUGCAGAAACUAAUGGAAUUUGGCAACAAAAACCGUAAGUUCAGCAUUUUGAAUUUCACAGGGAAGGUUGGAGCUACGCAAAUGAACGAGGAGAGUAGUCGCUCGCAUGCCAUGUUUUCCGUGACCGUUGAAUCGAGUGAACGAGGCAUGGUCACUCAGGGCAAGUUGCAUCUUGUCGAUCUAGCUGGAAGCGAACGCCAAAGCAAGACGGGGGCCGCCGGAGAGCGACUGAAGGAAGCAGCAAAAAUCAACCUCUCACUAUCAACGCUGGGCAACGUGAUCAGUGCACUUGUGGAUGUGAAAUCAACGCACAUUCCAUAUAGAAAUUCCAAAUUGACACGUCUACUACAAGAUUCACUGGGUGGUAAUUCGAAGACUGUCAUGAUAGCAAACAUUGGUCCAGCGUCGUACAACUAUGAUGAAACCCUAUCUACGUUACGCUAUGCGAAUCGUGCGAAAAACAUCCAGAAUGUGGCAAGGAUAAAUGAAGAUCCAAAAGACGCUCAACUCAGGAAAUAUCAGCAUGAAAUCGAAAUGCUGAGACAGCAGCUGGCCGAAGAGGACUCAGAAAUGGACAAUGAGAACGAAUCUGCUUGGGAACAGCGUAUGCAGGAAAUGGAGCAGAACUUAGAGAAAACUCGUGAGGAAUUAGCUGGAAGAAACGCAGAAGAUGAGGAAACGAGGGCUCUGGUCCAGCAAAUGCUUGAAAGGCAAGAUUCUCGCUGCUUUACUGUUAAGGGUCAGUUUAGAAGUGUUUUUUGCAGGGAGGCAGAGCUGAAGCGUGCGAGGGCCGAGCACGCUGAGUUACGCGCGAAGCUUAGUCAAAUGGAAAGCAGGCUCAUUGUGGGUGGCGAAAAUAUGUUGGAAAAGGCGGAAGAGCAGGCUAGAUUGCUGGAGGAAAGCAACCGAAGUGGUCAGGCCAAAUGUUUUAGUGAGUUGGAGCUGUCUCGGACACAGGAGUCUCGUCUUCGUGACCAGCUCAAGGAGAAGGCUGCUGCAAGGGAGGACAUAGAAGAAAAAUACUCCUCGUUGCAAGAUGAGGCUGCUGCAAAGACGAGACGUCUGCGACGCACCUGGAAUGAGUUAUGUGAGGUUCGAACUGAACUCGCGGACUCGGAGGCCGAGCAUCAUCGUGAAGUCGAAGGGCUCCUGGAGAGCAUUAGGCAGCUCAGAAAGGAGCUGCUUCUGAAUAUGACCAUCAUCGACGAGUACAUUCCGCCUGAGUAUGUCGAAUUGAUCGAGAAGUAUGUGAGCUGGAGUGAAGAGAUGGGCGACUGGCAGUUGAACGCUAUCGCCUACACUGGGAACAAUAUGCGAGCGGCUGCACCACUUCCGAUACAGCCAUAUCAGCUGGAUGCGAACCAUCGGAUUCCACUUUAUUAUUCGUACAAAGCUGACUUAGGAGCAUCGGCAACGCCAUCGCGUCCUCGAACUAGAAGCGGCAAAAAGGAACGCAACGCGGCUAAGCUGAAGACUUUACUGAGCUGA